AUGCGUGCCCGUCUGCUCAAAGCCUUCUUUGCAUCUUUGAUCCCUCUUGCGUGGCCCGCGACCCUGGCGCCACGGACAGAGUCGCGUCUCGACCGAGCGUCACUUCCUCUGCCGCACCGGCUGGUCGCGCAGUUUCCCGUCGGGACAUGGAUCGAGAACAUUGCCGUUCGACCCAACGGAAACAUUCUGGUCACUAGUCUUGCUCCAAACGCAUCGCUCUACGAAAUCUCAAACCCACAGAGCGAAUCGCCCACCGUCACUCUUCACUUUACCAUCAGCACAAUCAGCAGCCUUAGUGGCAUAACAGAAGUAGACGACGACUGCUUUUGCAUUGUCGGUGGCAAUUUCAGCCCGUCUGGAAGUGACAGAGGAGCUUUCAGCGUGUGGGUAGUGGACUUCAAGAACAGACAUGGCCCGGAAAUGAGACGUGCUGCGUCUCUUCCCGACGCCGUGUUGCCAAACGGUGCCACGAAGCUUCCGCACACGGAAAAUACAGUUCUUAUUGCAGACUCAACGCUCGGGUUGGUUUGGAAAGUCCAUGUUCACACGGGGGAGCACGAAAUUGCAUUGCAGUUGCCGGAGAUGAGCCCCCAGGCCGGGGGUAACAGCUCCGCCCUUGUUGGCAUUAAUGGGAUUCACGCCUGGAAAGGAAGGCUUUGGUGGACAAACAGCGCCAAUGCGUCCUUGUACAGAGUCCGAAUCAUGCCAGGCGGGAACCUGGCUGACGACGUUGAGGUGGAAAAGGUGGCAUCGCUUCCAUCCCUCAUUUUUGGACGACUUCACCCUCGGACCUGGGGACCAAGAGGUCGCAUGGAUGACCACUGA